AGGACUGCCACUGCUAGGGACUAGUCUAUAUAUUAAGGGUGGAUAUUAUUCACUAUUGAGUGUCCACUGUUGUGAGAAAAUAUCUGAGAUUUUGUAGCAGUGAGAAGCAGAAAUGAAGAAGAGAACAUCAACCGUUUUCCUGAUGUGGGUUAUGGGGAUUUGUCUCCACGCACAUAUCAGCAUUGCAGCUGUGUCCAAGUCCAAUGGCACCACUGCUCAUUGCGAUGGUUCCGUAGAGGAAUGCCUCAUCGUCCACCACAUGGACUCACAGCUUCCCACCAUCUCCAGCUCCAACUUCCGCAGAAUUCUUGUUACACUCGAUCAAAGAGUGGUUGGUCAUGCAGGCAAAGCUAAUAAACCGUUCUCCGACUGUAAGUAUCUCAGUGGUGGUUAUAUAAAGUGCGGGGCCAGUGUUGGUUCGGGUACAGAUAACCAUUGUGCUGAAGCUAAUUAUGACAGGCUUUGCCAUAAUGUCAACCCCUCCUAAUUCACGAUCUCUAAGAUGGAGAUCGCGUCGGUCAAGCUAUAUUUAUGUAUUUUGCUUCUUCCCUCCCUCCACUGUUGUUGUGUUAUGUCUCCAUCAAUGGCCGUUUUUCCGCUAUAUAUAUGUUGCAACUUGCAAGAAUAACAUCCAUUUCCUGAACUGGACAAUUGUCAACAUGUGUAAUAUGUACAAUUAUCUGCUUUCAAUUUAUUCAAGCAUGUAAUAUUUCAUCUCUUAAAGUAAUAACUAAUAAUAAAAGAGUAUAUAUUGAUCUCUCUA